AUGGCCAUGGCCACCUCCGCUUCCGCCCUCAUCCUUCCCCGCCUCCCCAUGCCGCCGCCAAUGCCAACGCGGGCGUCGCCGGCAGCGACGAGGAGGACCAGGCCCCUCGGAGCCGCGUGCGCCUACGCGCUCCAGGAGGGCCAGUCCCGUCGCUCCCACCGCUUGCCCUGCGGCCUCGACCUCGAGGUCAUCGCCCAGCAACCGCCCACUCCGUCCCCGGGAAGGGGAAGGAGCGACCGGCCGCCGCUGGUGUUCCUGCACGGGAGCUUCCACGCGGCCUGGUGCUGGGCGGAGUACUGGCUGCCUUUCUUCUCGCGCGCUGGAUUCCUCUGCUUCGCCCUCAGCCUUCGAGCGCAGGGUGAAAGCAGCAUUCCAUCCGAGGCAGUGGCUGGCACGCUUGAGACACAUAGUGGCGAUAUUGCUGAUUUCAUCCGAAAGGAGGUUCCUGACCCACCUAUCCUAAUUGGACAUUCCUUUGGAGGCUUGAUUGUGCAGCAAUAUAUAUCAUGCCUACAAGAUUCAGAACCUCUUCAUCCAAAACUUUCCGGUGCUGUUCUUGUCUGCUCUGUGCCUCCAUCAGGAAACAGUGGAUUGGUAUGGCGUUACCUUUUGACUAAACCAAUCGCUGCUGUCAAGGUUACUCUCAGCUUGGCUGCAAAAGCAUAUGCAAAAUCAUUGCCUCUCUGCAAGGAAACAUUUUUCUCACCACAAAUGGAUGACGAACUUGUCCUGAGGUACCAAGGUCUAAUGAAGGACAGCUCGAAGUUGCCACUAUUUGACUUGAGGAAACUCAAUGCAUCAUUGCCUGUACCUUCUGCGGGAAACGGUGCAUUAGAAGUUCUUGUCAUGGGUGCAAGCAACGAUUUCAUUGUGGACGCGGAAGGGCUUUCUGAAACUGCAAGAUUCUACAAUGUGCAACCUGUCUGUGUGGAAGGGGUGGCACAUGAUAUGAUGCUAGAUUGCUCGUGGGAGAAAGGGGCUGAGAUAAUCCUGUCAUGGUUAGAUAAACUCGCAGCACGAUCAGUCUAGUAUUUUUCUUCAUCUGGUAGAUUUGACAUGUUGGGGCCUUUAUUCUUCUUGGAUAUUUGUAGCGUACUCCAUGAAAACGGCUUGUAUCACGGGACAGAGGGAGUGAAACCUCGUGUUUUCAGCAGUUUCUGGUUACUGCUCUGUAGAUGCUUGUGUACUACAGUAUGUAGCAUGUUCUGAAAUUUGAGAGGUUGAACAGUAGUCCAAAUUUUGUUGGA